AGAUGUGAUUGCAAUGACCAAAAGAGAUAAAUGUAUGCAGGAAGAUGAUAAAUGAAGAAAGAAGCCAAGCUAUUUUGGUUAGUGGAGAAAGUGGAGCUGGUAAAACAGAAAGUACAAAGAUGCUUAUGCAUUAUCUUGCCUAUUUAGGAGGGAGAGCAGCAACUGAGGGAAGGUCUGUGGAGCAACAAGUUCUAGAGUCCAAUCCUGUUUUAGAAGCAUUUGGGAAUGCAAAGACUGUUAGGAAUAAUAAUUCAAGUCGUUUUGGUAAGUUUGUGGAGAUUCAGUUUGAUCAAAAGGGGAGAAUUUCAGGAGCUGCUAUCAGAACUUAUUUGCUGGAACGAUCACGUGUUUGUCAAGUUUCUGAUCCUGAGAGAAACUAUCAUUGUUUUUAUAUGCUUUGUGCUGCACCACAAGAGGUACACAAUGAUUUCUACCUUUAUUAUGGAUACAAGUUGCUUGCACAAAGUUGA